GACACUCGCACAGGCACACUCUCACGCCGCCGUCGGCCUCGCUACUCGGCUGCCGCGCAGAUCCCCCAAACCGAACGAGCAUCGAGGUCCGCCGCCGCCGGCCGCCCACUGGUCUCGCCCGACAUGGCCGCCGCCGCCGCAUCCCUCUCCCAUCUCCUCCUCGCGCCCAAACCCAAAGCCCAACCAGAUCCCCCGCCUCUCCGCUCCCGCCGCAGGCGCCCUGCCCCCGCGAUCUCUGCCGCGGCCUCCGACCUCCUCUCCCCCGCCCCCUCCCUCAAGUCCUGCCUCGCCGCCGGGGCCUCUUCCUCCUCUCCUUCUCCCCCACCCUCGCCGAGCUCGCCGCCCUGUAGGCCAGCAUGGGGUACCUGUGGGAAGAGCAGUAUAAUGUGCCCCAAGUCAAGGGUCAACGACUUAGAGAUGGACCACAGAUGAUUCAGCUGAGCUUGGAUGGAAAGAGGAUAGACGUAACCAACUCACUUUUCAGCCGAUGGGAUGAGCAGUUCUAUGGUGAUGAUCUUGUUUUUUUUUUCAAAAUGAAUGAUGAUGAUCUUGUGAAGAAGGGCUCCCACAUGUUGCAGAUUGAUGUCGACACUGAGAAAGGAGGCCUGGCUAUCAACCCCAACUUCUUUGUCGACUUUGGUACCGAGCCCGACGGACCCGCCUUGGCCCAUGAGAUGAGAUAUCCUGGCGGGGACUGCACCUCUGAUAUAUGGAUCUAAGAUCAAGGAUUCAGCAUGACAGGCAGCUUGAGAUCCAUUCUGUUGUAUGCACUGUCAUUAACAUGGUUGAGCUGCAGUGUUUAAUUAUGUAUUGAGACUAUUAUCGGUGGAAUAAGUCAUAGUUCCAUGAGCUUGAGCUAAUAAAAGAAGUCCCAAUUCUGAA